AUGCAUCAUAAUAUCACCAAUUCAACAGCAUUCUUCCCAACUCUAGAUAAAGAUGCUGGAGCAUUCGAAUUCGAGCAGAGAUAUCAAAGGACAGAGAAGAAGCCUCUUGGAGAGGGGACUUAUGGUGAAGUAUAUAAAGCUAGAUGUCAGGCUACUGGAUUGAUAGUAGCAAUGAAGAGGAUGAAAUUAGAUCAGGAAGAUGAAGGUGUACCAUCAACAGCUAUAAGGGAGGUAUCUUUACUCAAGGAAUUAAAGCAUCCUAAUAUAGUUAAAUUAUUGGAUGUAUUCUGUAGUCAGAAAAAACUAUAUUUGAUAUUUGAGUUUGUGGAUUUGGAUUUAAAGAAGCAUAUGAAACAGAUGGGUGGUCUUACGAAAGAAAAGGUUCAAUCAUUCACUUAUCAAUUAUUACUUGUGUAA